AUGCCUAAAAUUAAUCUUAACGUUGUAAUUGUCUGCGGUUCUCAAGUCGUUGAUCUUCCUAAGUUCGUGGAUUUGCUGACUGAAUCUUACCUGCCCAACGUUUAAGUAACUUAGUAAAAUGGCUGUACUGUGACGAGAACUGUUUUAAAACCUAAUAACUUAGCGAUAUUUGAUGAAGUCAGCCAGCAAGAUCACGAUGGCUAAUUGAAUAAUGAUCUUACUAAUCUUAAUAACAGCAAUUAAAAAGAUAGUUUAAAGGGAUCCUUUAAGGGUGAAAAUAAUGAUUCUCGAAACUCAUUAGAUAAGUAUGAGCUAGAUAUUUGUUUCUGGGAUAUGAACCCUAAGGAGCAUCUUUGGUCUAGAUUGAAAUCUCUAGAGUUAUUCGAGACUGCUAAUAUACUUCUAAUGGUCUACAAUGCAGAUGACAGGGACUCUUAUGACAAGAUCAAGCAAAUCCAUGCAGAUUUCAAAGAACAAAACAAAGUGGGGGCUUAUCAAGUGCUCAUUUCUGUGAUCACAGCUGAUUUAAAGCUUAAGAAAACUUAGAAGGCAGUCAAGAAAACUGAAGCUUAAGAAUUUAUUGAGGAUGCGAAUAUCCCUUCGUACUUGGAAGUAAGACUCGAUAAUAAACAGAAUCUAGACAUUCUUGACUAGCAUUUAAGAAUAAUAAUGAAUCCACCAAUUAACAUGCUAGAUCACCCAGAGGAGGAUGACUAUCUAUAUAGACCAUUGUUUGAAGUUAUUCAACUUAAGAAGAUAAUCAAGAGGAAAAAGAAGAAGAAGGUUAAUGAAAAGUGGGUCAGUAGACUUUAUUACACUAAAACAGACUACUCAAUGAUAAGCAGAUCUAACCAGUCGACUUAUUCUUAGUAUUCAGAUACCUCGAGUAACUUCAAUUCAAGCAGGAUACUUCAUCCAAACAACAUACUUGAUAACUCAUUGAAUAGCAAUGGAGGAUUUAGCAUAUCAAAUAAAAAUUCAGCAACUAGAAAUAAAAAAUUAAACAAGAAUCCUAGUGCAUCCACAGUGCUUUAAAAGAUACCUGAAUAGUAAUUUUCGUAGGAGUCGUAUCAAGACUUGUAAUCGUAACUGCAGUAAAAUAAUCUUUAAUUCGUAAAGCAUCACUCAGUCAUAAACUUGUAAAUGCAUCAAUAACAAAACAAUGUAAGAGUUGCUGAAUUUUUACCAGAUAUCCAAGUUGAAAAUGAAGAUUUCAUUUAGCAACUUUAGAAAUAGACAACAAUCUAGGAAGAAGAGGAGUACGAUAGUUCGGAUCAUGAGAAUCAAGAACUAAAUGCUAAUUUUCAGAACCACUCAAAUUAACUUCAUCUUCAUUAAGGCAGUGAUGAUAAAAGAGUAUAAAAUAAUAGUGGAUCAAUUCUAAUUAAUCAAUUGAAUCCUGAGACAUUUUAAUUUGAGAGAACGAAUGCAAGAAGACAAACAAUGAAUUUCAAGGGACUUACAUCACCCCCUGAUAAAAAUUUGAGUAACUUCUCUCAGAUCUCUAGGAUUGAAGAGAAUAACUCAAAUUAUCAAUCAAAGCACCUUGACUAAUCUCCCCAUGCUGUUAAGUGCCCUUAUCAUGCUAAAACUUCAAGAUCUAAGUCGCCUGGGGAUAGAAAUGAAUUGCUCUAUCCAGACCUUAAGCAAUAUGUAGCUAAUAAUUUUAAAGCAGCAAAAGCUCAAAGAAAAAAUGAGAAAAGCGAUUCAAAACUUAAAUUUGACAUAAACUCUCCUUCUGUUUUUGAUAAAAAUGUAAAGCUUAGAAGAAGAGAUGCUUCAGAUAAUAAUAGAGGUGGGCCUAGAGAUAAGAGUCCAAUCCUUAACUUUAAGAAUUAAAAUAACAAAAAUGCAGCUAAUGCCAAUAAUAUCAUAGGAAGUCAGCCAACUCCAACAAGCAAAAGGGAUUCCUCUCCAAAUUUCUUAUCAAAGACUUAAAACACAACUCCUAAUUACUACAUACAUCCUACACUUUAAGAAUCAAAAAUAUCAAAAGGUGAUGACGAAAGAUUGGACGAGUUUCGAAAGAAGCUUUUAAGUCUACAGUCGAAUGCUACUACCAGUGGCACUACACACUAUAUACCUAGCAGUAAAAAUUAGCAUAAAACUAAGAAGACUGCAACCCAUGAGACGGUUUAUAUAUAAAGAGAUUAUAUACCUGUUGAGUAGCAUUAUAGUUAUAAACCUGAAAAAGACAGAGGUUAUGGUUGCCAAAACUGUAGUAUAUUCUGA